UAUAUAUAUAUAUAUAUAUUCACGUUAAGUAGCUCCUACUGCAAGAAAAUGACUCAAAUCUGACGUUUUUCAAGUAACAGCUUUCCAGCAACCAUUCUGCCUUCAAAAUGGAAGCAUAUUUAAAACACCAACUAUUCAUUUCCUUUAACAAUAACAAAAACUUGAAAAUGAUCAUCUUUCAUAAAAUCGUUGAUAAUUCAUGUAUGUUAGUGAUAAACUUUGUUAUUGUUCUAAUUAAUCUUUUCUACACAUUUCUAGCGAGAAUGCCUACUGGAGAUAAACAACCGGAAAAGCAUAAGAAAGAGUCUAUAAUUGAUUUAAACAAGUAUAUAGAUAAGAGAAUCCGUGUCAAAUUUUCAGGUGGACGGGAAGCUGUUGGUAUCUUAAAAGGAUGCGAUAAUUUACAGAAUAUGGUGAUUGAUUGUACUACUGAAUUUCUUCGUGAUCCAGAUGAUCCUCAUCGUUUGACUGAAGAUACAAGAGAACUUGCCCUUGUGGUUUGUAGGGGUCCAUCCGUGGAACUUGUUUGUCCUGCAGAUGGAAUGGAAUCUAUACCUAAUCCAUUUGUUCAACAAGAAUGAUUCGGAAAAAACUUAUUUAUUUUAUAUGAUAUAAAUAAAUUUGUAAAAUAUUCCCGCCUUCUCUCUCAUUGUAACUGUACGUCACAUAAGCUUCUUCAUGUCAUUAGCUAUUAAUUUUUUACUAAAUAUGUAUAUUUAAAAAAAUACAUUAUCUUUCUAC